CUGUGUUUUCUUAUAUUCUUCUGUAUCUUUACUUUUCAUUUUCUUUGUAAAAUAAAGAGGACGUAUAUAUUCAGUAAACUGAAAUUGAUCUUUACAAUCACUGUGAUUAUAUAAACACAAUUUCUGCAAAAAGAAAAUACAAUUUGAUUUAGCUUGAAUAUGUUUUUAUAUUUCUUUUUAGAUUCCCCCCAACCAAUGAGAUGUUUUAAGGUUCUUUCAGUGUGGUUGCAAUAAACACUGAUGUGAAUACGUGAAUAAACCUCUUUCUAAUAUAUUCCACCUAUCUGAGCUGUCCUGCCUCUUGGUUUUCUCUGGCUGUUCUAUCACUGCACUGACGACUUUCCUCCAUAGACAUGGAUAGAUGUAACAUCCUGGUUUAACACCGGCAGUGACAUUGAGGCCGUUCACCAUAAGGAAGCAGUCAACUGGGUGGAAAUUUUUCUAUAGGAUAAGUAAGGAUCACAGAAUUCCAUCCAGGUGAGCAGGAAGGAUCUGCCAAUGAAUUAUACACCUGAGCAAACGUCCCAUACCUGGAUGUGGCUGUAAAUCACCCACCUUGGCCUUAAUGCCUGUUCAGACAAUACACUCCAGGAGGCAGUAUGCAAACCCUUUCAGUUUGUUAACCGACUGUCAAUGAACUCAUUUACGUAAAAUGGAGAGAGCCCUCAAUAUUGCUGCCCAUGCUGUCACGGAAGCCAGUAUGGCAAAGAUGUAAGGAAGAGCCCUCUAUCCAACUCUAUGCUGCUUUCCUCUGUUCUGGAGAUUCUUAUUCCAGCUCCAUACUGCCACCCACUGUGUUGAAAGACCACAUUCUUGAUGGUUUCUUCACCACUUGCUAGUAGUUUGUACACCUUUUAUUGGGACCAAGGACAGAAGUGCCAUGGUGGUCUUUUUGUUUUGAACUCUAAACACAGGUACAAUGUGUGUGUACAUAUGUAUUGUGUGUGAUGUGGUGGAUCCAGAACUAGACAGUGACACCAGCAGCCGUCCAGCUGACACCCUGAACCACCUCAUGUCUACUAUGGAGAACACCACCACCUCCACCAGGAAACCCCAUAGGGAUGAGGAGGACCAGCUGAGUGAGGAGGCAGCCAGGGUGAUCUGUGGGCUGGCUGACCUGUCCUUCAUGAAGGCUAAGGUCCUAAUGUUCCCCAUCACCCUCACACCAGCCGCUGGCUCUGGUACACUGCUAGAGUGAUGCACACAUACACAUGGAUGGAUGCACACACACAUAAACACAGAAGACUUGUCCGCUUCAAAGCUAGAUUGAACAUUAAUGCAAAGUCAAUAUGUUGAUAAUCAGUAAUAUGGUGAAAUAGUUAGUCUUUUGUUCUGAAUGUAUUGAUGUAUUUAUGUUGUGACACGCUGGUUGAGGUCUAAGACUGAUCCACACUUACCUCCAGUCAUCUGCCUCGUUCCUCCAGUGGUCUUAGAUCAAUUUCCUGUUUCCCUUUUCAAGAUGGUGAUUUUAUCUUAAUGUAUUUAUUCUUAAUGUGUGUAUAGUUAUUCAUGUAAAUUCAU